AUGGACCCCAGCAUGUUAAGGCUCGUGCCUCACUUUGGCUUGCGGAAAGUGCCACGCUAUUGGAUAGAGGAGAAGUUUGUCCUACGAGCUUAUACUCUUGGAAGAGAUCCGGCGAUCGAGCGACAUAAUGAGCUGAUAGAUCCAAUCGAGAUCCAUGCAGUAGGUAAGCAUAAUCUCUACCGCUGCACGAAUUAAGAUUGUACUGAUUGUGUGCAAGUGACAAGCUUCGACGACGCGACCCGUAUUCUCUUUCCUUCAUCCACCGGCUCAGACGCCAGCAUCAAGUCAAUCCAGACAGCUCUGGCCUCGCACGAGCACGUCGACUCGAGCCAGGAUGAUGUGUCAAGCGACUUGAUUGAACGCCCGUUUGCGCUUCAAGAAAUGAGACAUCGUUACACGCCAGCUCGUGUGCUUUUCUUAGAAUCGGCUACGAAAGUACGUCUGGUAGAACAUACUCUAGGGUUCUAUGGACGGGGAGUCCAUCUCGACGGCAUUGAAUGCGCCUAUGCGGCUCUCAGUUAUUGCUGGCGCGGGAAAGAAAGCUUCUUCUUGAGGAUGGCUUCGUACUCACAGUUCACGAGCGGCAUUCGCACCGCAGAGAUGCCGCCCACGAUACGGGAUGCUGUACAAGCCACUUAUCAACUAGGUCUCCGUAUGCUCUGGGUUGACUCUCUGUGCAUCAUACAAGACUCCGACGAAGACAAGCAGAUACAAAUAGCCGCAACGCACGACAUAUACUCAGGGGCCAAGUUCGUCAUCGCGGCAGCAGCAGCAGUGGAUAGCUCAAAUAACUUCCUCAUCGACCAAAAGGCACAUGCCAAGUCGCCGUGCUUCAUCAAUAUCUGUGGCAAACUUGACACGACUUGCGAACGGCUACCUGCCUCAGGCGCAGCGAUUUUCGCCAUGCCGACAAGAACUCAGGAACUCCUAUCUGGCGAUGAUGUCCAUCUCUCAAGAUUGCGAUCUCGAGGCUGGGUUUUCCAGGAAGAGCAAUUGGCAAAACGAAUCAUAUACUUCUGCGACAACGGCGUGAUCCUGCGAUGCAACUACUGUAGGAAAAGCGAAGUACAACCACUAUAUCCCACUGGAUCGAGACAAGACGUUCCACAUCCUUUCUGGCCUGAUCUGUCAUUUUCGUGGGCAAAAUUCCGGGCCGCAGGCGAUCCAACCACCCCCCUCGCCUUUUAUACACAUGACUCGGACGAGACGUUCUCGGAGACUUAUUCCAAUCUGCAGCGAGAGCUGUGGUGGCAAGCGGUCACAGAAUACACUCAGCGUUACCUUUCGCAGCCGACAGACAAGCUUCCUGCUUUAUCGGGCCUGGCUACUCGCUUCGAGAGAAAGAUUCACAGCCUUCAGAUGGCACACGGAGACUAUGACCGUAAUCCCGUCCGCUACUGGUGCGGCAUUUGGGUUGGCGAGUUUCUCGCCACUGGGCUCUUGUGGUAUGUUAGGGACGCAACAACACUGCGUCCCGUACCACGUGCUCCUUCGUUGAGCUGGGCAGCUGUAGACGGUAUUGUUGUCAAUGCUUCCCUAGAAGGGAACACGAACAGCAAAGCCUGUGGCAUCCGAGUGUUGCAAUGGCCGACAGAUCAUCUGCAGCAGCUUGUCGUUCGUGGCAUCAUGAAAGCUGCUACAUGGCACAGGCUACCAGAGGAUCAAAAGUUGUAUUACCUCGGGCGUAAUCGAUCACAAGCUCCGGAGAUUCGUCGCCACCAUGAUCUGGCACGGUACGUACCUCUCACAGAGGACUCGACACAAGGACCUGAGAUCAAUCUUCUCCGUGACGAGAACGCCCACGACAUAGGAUCUGUAAUCUGGGACUCGCUCGAUGGGCAUCCUGACGAGGGCUGUCAAAUACUAUGUCUCCGUAUCGUAGUAGAGCCAGCUACGAGAGCAGACAAAGAGGACUUCUCUGCACCCUGGGCCACCCGCGGCCUUGCUUUGGUACCAGUAGACACCGCACGGAACGUCUAUCGGAGAGCUGGCUAUAUUGAGCUGAAGAAGACCCUUGGGGGUCUCGCAUUUCCAAGCAGUCUGAGACCUGCAAGCCGGCGCGCCUUUCGAUAUCCAGAGCCAAAUAUCGAUGUAGCAGGAUUCUUCCGCAACUGUGAACCUACGACUAUUAUCCUAGUCUAA